AUGUCAUUCGCCAACACCGUUCUGGUGACUGGAAGCAAAUCCGGCAUCGGCAAGGGGCUGCUGUCCACCUACGCUGCGCGGCCCAACACACUGGCCAUCGCCGCCAUUCGAGAUGGGCCGGAUUCUGGAGCGGCCAGAGCCCUCACUUCCUUACCGGUCGGAUCUGGCAGCAAGAUUGUGGUUGCCAAGUACGACGCCUCAUCGAAGACAGCGGCGAUUGAACUUGUCGAUCACCUCAAGUCAGUCCACAACAUCACGGCCCUGGAUGUCGUGGUGGCCAAUGCGGGCAUUCUGAAGCACUUCGGCCCUGCCAAAGAAGCGUCCGCAGAGACCAUCAUGGAGCACCUGCAAGUCAACACGCUGGCGCCAAUAUUGCUCUACCAGGCCACGCAAGAACUGUUGAAUGCCUCCAAGCAGACGCCAAAGUUCUUCAUCAUCUCUUCCAAUAUAGGCAGCAACGGUCUCCAAGACAGCUACCCCCUACCGAUGAUUGCGUACGGUAUGUCCAAGGCGGCCGUGAACUGGGCGGUAAGCCGAAUUCACCGCGAAGAGGACAGGAUUGCCGUGGUUGCCAUGCAGCCGGGUUGGGUUCAGACAGCCAUGGGUAACACCGCCGCCGAAUUUGCGGGCAUGAAGGCAGAAGAGGUUCCAGUCAAGUUGGAGGACUCUGUCAGUGGGCUGAUAUCCGUAUUCGACAAGGCAGACAAGGCCACGCACAGCGGCAAGUUCUGGGAUCAGAAUGGUGUGCAAAUGCCUUGGAAGCAGCAAUGUCCGGGAUAUCGAGACUUCUUUGAAGCUGUGCACAAGGACGAGACUCUCCUCGUCUCCCAUAAAACUGGCCCGAAACGGCACAAGAGAAGAUACACUCCUGCUCGCGAUGUCUCGGGCAAUGCUCCCAGUCACCUCCAAAGCCCAUCGUGGGCAAAUGAUGAUGUUGGUCAUCCCAACGAGUAUGAACUCGCUCUCUUCACUCCACCGUCUCGAAAUGUUGAGAUGGAGUCGUUGUGUUAUUUCUUUACAAACUACGUCAACAUUCCCCGGGAUCCAAGUACCAACAUGUUCAUCGAACACAUCCUCCCCAUAUACUUGAACACGGCACCUCAUUCGGCGCUGGCCGAGGCGACCAACGCCGUCGCCAUCAACAUCACGUCAAUGUGGAUGACGCGAUACGUCGACUCUUAUCAUGCCCGGGAGGCAUAUGCGAAGGCCGUGACAGGCCUGAAAUCUUUACUGCAACACCCAGUCGAAUCCAAAACGGACGAGACGCUCGUCACCGUCUUCAUGCUGGAGUUUUACGACUCCCUCAAUCGGCGCUUUGUACACUUGGUGGACACGGGCGUCCAUCAGCAAGGUGCGGUGGCCCUACUCAAGCAUAGAGGCCGAGAUGGCUUCAAGACUCCGCUCUCUCAACGCCUCUUCAAUGCCAUGAGAAGCCGUCAUAUCAAUUAUGCCUUGCAGUUCGGGAAAAAGGUGGAGCUGGAUCCAGAACUCCUUGCCGACGAUACUGCAGUUCUCCCUUCUGCGAAGCUUGAUCUUUUGAACGUCCAACUAGCAGAGUUGCUUGAGUUGUCUCGCGACGGUCCUGAGGCCGCAGGCCUCAGCCUAGCCGACUUCUACAAGGUCAUUUUGGAGAGGGCGCUUGACCUUGAGAGGAAACUGCAAGCAUGGAGGGACGCCCUCCCCCAGUCGUGGCGGCCAGUAUCUGUCCCGGUAUCCGAGCUGCAUCAAUCCAUACGCGAUGCCGGGGUUUAUGAAGACAUGUGUGAUGUAUAUUCCUCGCUCGCAGUCUCUCAUGUCAAUAAUGCCGCUCGGAGUUCCCAGAUUGGGACACUCCGUCUGAUUACAAUAUGUUCGGAACGUUUGAAGGACAUCGGCAUUGAUGUCGACCCGGCCAUCGAGCCGUACAUUGGCUUCCGAAUCCAAGAGAUUGUGGACCGCUACUGUGCCUCGGUGCCAUUCCAUAUGGGUAACAGAACAACACCCUCAUUCCCUGACGAGCACAGAGAAUACCCUCAUGUGCCUGCGGAGCUUCGUCAGAUGGCGGCUUAUGUCGACCCGUUUGGUAAUGAAGUCGAGAUGACCAUGGACGACCAUGUACGUGCCGCCGCGGCUAUAGGUGGCUGGUUCAUCAUGUUGCCCCUCGCAGGGUUUCUGAAGGCACGAGCCCUACAUUUCUCGAGUUCGCAACCAGGUUCAUUGCUAGGAAAGCUCAGAAAGGGCCAGACUGCCUGGAUCCGGGUCCAAAUGGAGCGCGUCCGGAAGAUCUAUUUGUUUCCAACAGACGGUAGCCCAAGCGAGCAUGACUGGAAGUGCAUCCUGAAGCCGUUCUGCGAUAUUCAGGGUGACGGCCAUAAUCUGUACGCACCAUUAUCUUUCAAUCAAAGAAUAUGGACAACCUGA